AUGAAGCAACACAAAAAUCAUCAUUUUAAUGGACCAAUACGUUUUUCAACAGAAUGUUCAUUAAUUUGUGGUAUUAAUAUAAUACGUGGUACUUUAGCUAUGACACAUAAUGUUAUGUUAUUUGAUGCUGAUGAAUAUGAUGAAAGUUAUAUAAAAAUUGAUUCAAAAAUGUUUCCUUAUAUUGAUAAUAUUCAUGGAAAAUGGCAUUUUAAUGAAAUACGAGCUAUAUUUUCAAGACGAUAUCUUUUACAAGAUAAAGCAUUAGAAAUAUUUGUUUCAAAUAGGAGCUAUAAAACUUAUAAAUAA